CCGCCUUAGCUUCCCACAACCACCCAACUCCAUUCCCCUUCUUCCCCUCCUCUCUCUCUCUCUCUUUGUAAUUCUCUUUCCCUUACAUUCUUGGCGUCGUCUCCGCAAGCUCCAGCUACCUUUUCCGAUGGCAGACACAACCGGCUCAGCCACCGGCGCCAAAAGAAUGCUGUGCUCCAUCCCCGAAAAGUUCCAGCUGCACAUAGCCAUGCUGACCCUGCAGUUUGGCUAUGCCGGCUUCCACGUCGUCUCCCGAGCCGCCCUCAACAUGGGCAUCAGCAAGAUCGUCUUCGCUGUCUACAGAAACAUUCUUGCUCUUCUCCUCCUCUUGCCCUUCGCUUAUUUCCUUGAAAAGAAGGAGAGGCCGCCCAUCACUCUCUCUUUUCUGCUUCAGUUCUUCCUCCUCUCCAUUGUCGGAAUUACAGCUAACCAGGGAUUCUACUUGCUGGGUCUCGACAACACCUCGCCCACCUUUGCUUCAGCCAUACAGAACUCCGUUCCGGCCAUCACUUUCCUCAUGGCGGCGGUGCUCCGUAUAGAGCAAGUACGAUUGGACCGGAAGGACGGGCAAGCGAAGGUGCUGGGAACGGUCUUGUGCGUCGCCGGAGCGUCGGUUAUCACCCUCUACAAGGGGCCCACCAUCUACACCCCGGCGCCGCGGCUGCAGAGCGCUUUGCCGAUGCUGGCGGCCCUGGGAGACGCCAAGGGCAAGAGCUGGACGCUGGGCUGCGUCUUCCUCAUCGGCCACUGCUUGUCGUGGUCUGCCUGGCUCGUCCUCCAGGCGCCGGUGCUCAAGAAGUACCCGGCUCGGCUCUCCGUCACCUCCUACCAGUGCUUCUUCGGGGUCAUCCAGUUCCUCAUCAUUGCCGGCUUCGCCGAGCGGGAAGCCGAGGCUUGGCUCGUCCACUCCGGUGCCGAACUCUUCAGCGUCUUCUAUGCGGGGCUGGUGGCAUCCGGGAUCGCAUUCGCUGUACAGAUAUGGUGCAUUGAGAGGGGUGGCCCGGUGUUCGUGGCGGUGUAUCAGCCUGUCCAGACCCUUGUUGUCGCCAUUAUGGCCUCCAUUGCUCUAGGCGAAGAGUUCUACUUGGGAGGGAUCAUUGGCGCCGUGUUGAUCAUAUCGGGAUUGUACUUCGUGCUGUGGGGUAAGAGCGCAGAAAGGAAGUUUUCGACCCAAAAGGCAGCGAUCCAGUCCCCCGCGGACCACAGCAACAACCGUGCGCCGUCCCACAUCAAGACGUCCAUCACCCAGCCGCUGCUUUCUCAGUCAACCGAAAGCGCUUGACCUGCCUUUGGAACCAAAAAAAAAGAAAGAAGAAAAAUCAAUGCCAUAUGUUAAGAAAAAGCUUGGUGUGGAAGAAGUUUUUUAUUUUAUUUUUGAAUUUUCUCUUUGGAGUUUUUGUUAAAGUCAAAAGCUUUCUCUCACUAGGAGGGGAGGCUAAGAAAGGGAGGAGAGAGAGAGAGAAGAUUUGAGGGAAUGAAUGUUAUGAUGAUGAAGAUGAUGGUUAGAUGUGGGGUUUGGGUAAUGAAUGUCCCAUAUGUUUAAUUUUAUAUGUUUAAUCCCAUGGUUUGAUUCAACAUUAUGGAAGCCAAA